AUGCCCGUCUCUGCCUCCCUCUGCCAGGAUGGCAGCCAGGAGCGACCGGUGAGCCUGACCUCGAGCACGUCCUCAUCGGGCUCCUCCCGUGACAGCCGCGGGGCCAUGGAGGAGCCCAGUGGCUCCGGGGCGUCGGCCGAGAAUGGGGCAGGCUCCCCACGCAGCUGGCAUCCCCCCAAUGGCAACACCAGCUCCAGCAGCUGGUUGAGCGGGAGGGGGCCGCUGUCCCCAUUCGGCGGACGGGCCCCGGCAGCCCCAGUGCACAAGCUCAGCUACCUGGGCCGCGUGGUGCGGGAGAUCGUGGAGACGGAGCGGAUGUACGUGCAGGACCUGCGCAGCAUCGUGGAGGACUACCUCUUGAAGAUCAUCGACACACCUGGGCUGCUGAAACCGGAACAAGUCAGCGCCCUCUUUGGGAACAUAGAAAACAUUUAUGCACUGAACAGCCAGCUACUCCGAGACCUGGACAGCUGCAACAGUGACCCUGUGGCUGUGGCCAGCUGCUUUGUGGAAAGGAGUCAAGAGUUUGAUAUCUACACGCAGUAUUGCAACAACUACCCCAACUCAGUGGCCGCCCUGACCGAGUGCAUGCGGGACAAGCAGCAGGCCAAGUUCUUCCGGGAGCGGCAGGAGCUCCUCCAGCACUCUCUGCCCCUGGGCUCCUACUUGCUGAAGCCUGUGCAGCGCAUCCUCAAGUACCACCUGCUGCUGCAGGAAAUCGCCAAACAUUUUGAUGAAGAAGAGGAUGGCUUCGAGGUGGUGGAGGACGCCAUCGACACCAUGACCUGUGUGGCUUGGUACAUCAAUGACAUGAAGAGGAGGCAUGAGCAUGCGGUCCGGCUCCAGGAGAUUCAGUCGCUGCUCAUCAACUGGAAGGGGCCAGACCUGACCAUCUAUGGGGAGCUCGUCCUGGAGGGCACGUUCCGUGUGCACCGCGUGCGCAAUGAGAGGACCUUCUUCCUCUUCGAUAAAGCACUGCUCAUCACCAAGAAGCGGGGCGAUCACUUUGUCUAUAAGGGUCAUAUCCCGUGCUCCUCCCUGAUGCUGAUCGAAAGCACCAGAGACUCCCUGUGCUUCACUGUCACCCACUACAAGCACAGCAAGCAGCAGUACAACAUCCAGGCCAAAACAGCAGAGGAGAAACGGAGCUGGACUCACCACAUUAAGAGGCUCAUCCUGGAGAACCACCACACCACCAUCCCGCAGAAGGCCAAGGAAGCCAUCUUGGAAAUGGAUUCCUACUAUCCCAGUCGGUACCGCUGCAGCCCAGAGCGCCUGAAGAAGGCCUGGUCUUCCCAGGACGAGGUGUCCACCCACGCGCGACAGGGGCGCCGACAGUCUGAGCCAACCAGACACCUGCUGAGGCAACUCAGUGAGAAAGUCAGAGCAGCAGGAAUGAAGGAGAAGGGGCGCAGGGAGUCCGAAGGCCCCCAGAGCUGUAGAAGGUCCAGCGGCUGGUCUCCAACAAAUGCUGAGAAGUGCGUGAGCUUCGAGUCCACUUCUCCCCGGCCAGAGGUUGAACCAGACCCUGAGCCUGAGCUGGAGCAGGAAGUAUUUGUCGCCAUGGAAGUUCCCAGCACUGAGGAGGUGCCCUCAGACACGGAGUCUCCAGAAGUCCUGGAAACACAGCUUGGUGCCCACCAGGAGCUGCUGGGGCUGGACCCCCCGGGUGACAUGGUGGGCUUCGUGGUGGCCGAGAGCACCGAGGACCUUAAGGCUCUGAGCAGUGAGGAGGAGGAGGACAUGGGGCCCACACCGGAUACGGAGAGCCUCCUGCCGCCCUCUGUGCUGGACCAGGCCAGCGUCAUUGCCGAGCGCUUCGCCAGCAGCUUCUCUCGGCGGAGCAGCCUGGCACUGGAGGACGGCAAGGCCAGCGGCUUCGGGAGCCCAAGGCUGGCGAGCCGCAGCAGCAGUGUGCUCAGCCUCGAGGGCAGCGACAAGGGCCCGGCCCGACCUGGCAGCACUACGGACGCCCUCAGCUCGCAGCCACCCCCUGAGGUGGACAGCACUGCGGGAGUGGCCACGGACAGUGGCCCUUCGGUCAAUGGGAUGGAGCCCCUGAGCCCAGGCUGCCCAGCAGAGCCCGACAGGCCUUCCUGCAAGAGGAAGGCGUCGACCCUCUCCACCCGAGACCGGCUGUUGCUGGACAAAAUCAAGAGCUACUAUGAAAGUGCAGAGCACCGUGAUGCAGGCUUUAGCGUCCGGCGCCGGGAGAGCCUCUCCUACAUCCCCAAGGGGCUGGUGAGAAACUCUGUUUCCAGAUUCAACAGCCUUCCCAGGCCAGACCCAGAGCCCAUGGCUCUGCCGGGGCAUAAGAGGCAGGUGGGCUCCCAGCCGCCUUCAUGGGCUCUGUGCGACCUCCCGGGAGCCGGCCAGGCUAGUGCUGGGGAGUCAGCUCCUAUCACAGAUGCUGAGUUCCGGCCGUCUUCGGAAAUCGUAAAGAUCUGGGAGGGAAUGGAGUCUUCCAGGGAGAGCUCUCUGCAGGGGCCUGGCCAAGGCCAGGCCAAUGGUUUUGACCUGCACGAGCCCCUCUUUAUCCUGGAGGAGCACGAGCUGGGGGCCAUCACUGAGGAGUCGGCCACCGCCUCUCCUGAGAGUGCCUCCCCCACGGAGCAGCCCAGCCCGGCCCACCUGGCCCGGGAGCUGAAGGAGCUGGUGAAGGAGCUGAGCAGCAGCGUCCAGGGGGAGCUGGUGACUCCACUGCACCCCCGCAUCGUACAGCUCUCCCACGUGAUGGAUGGCCCCAUGAGCGAGCGAGUCAAGAACAAGGUCUACCAGCUGGCCCGCCAGUACAGCCUCCGCAUCAAGAGCAAGUCUGUGACAGCCAGGCCUCCUCUCCAGUGGGGAAAGGCAGCUCCCACCAUUCCUUGUCUGCAGGAGGAGGCCGGAGCACCCUCAGGCAGCAGAGGUAAGAGAAAGCCGGUGCUGUCCCUCCUCAGCGAUGAGCAGAUGGUGGCCCCGGAGCACAGCCCGCCCAAGCCUGGCUCUCCUCGGCAUUUCUCCUUCAGCCCGAGGACCACCUCGCCUGGGACCCGGCCUUCCUCUCGAAGCCCCCUCAGCCCCUUUGACACUGAGACCUUCACCUGGCCUGAUGUCCGAGAGCUCUGCUCCAAGUAUGCCUCCCACGACGAGGCAUUCCAGGCCGAGGGCAGCCGGCACCGCGGCCUGCCUGUCAACCGCAGCCGCUCGGCGCCCGAGAACAUGGUGGAGCCCCCUCUGGCGGGCAGGGUGGGCCGCUGCUGCAGUGUGGGCGCCAGGAGGGGCCAGGGGGGCUCAGAGGCCGCCCAGCCUGAGCCUCCUGGGACGUUGCCCCAAAGCAGGCCGGUUGGAGAGGAGGCCCUGUAUGUCACGGCAGACCUCACCCUGGAGAACAACCGGCGGGUGAUUGUCAUGGAGAAGGCGCCCCUGCCCUGCCCCGUUGGGGGACUGGAGGAGGGCAGUGGUCAGGGACCACACACACCAGUAGCCACAGAGGGACAGGGCCUGGAUUUCCAGGAGUCUGGAAUUUCCAGGAGUCCAGAGUAUUGGCAAAAGGAAGAGGGUCCCAGGGACCCAGUGGACCCAGGCCAGCAGGGCAGAGUGAGAAACCUGCGGGAGAAAUUCCAGGCCUUGAACUCCGUAGGUUGACUCUGAGUCCUGGGAGAGGGAGGAGCUGUGCAGCGGAGGGACGCGGAGGAACCUUGCUGGACUUGCCCACAAGCCUGGCCUCCCCGGGCUCACAUAAGCCCCUGAAAGAAUGGGCUGGUGUGCUCAGCCAGUGCCUUCACCUGCUGGGAACGGCCUGGUGCUCCCCGGGGCUCGUGGUGACUUUCAUAGGGCCAGCUGAGCCCUGCUACCCACCCAGGCCAGUGUGGCCACUUCCCUUGUAUAUAGUUCUUGUCUAGUAAGAAGCCAAGUAUUUAAGCUGUCCUCUUCCCGAGGGAGUAAGCCGUGCUCCGGCCUCCAUUGUCGGGCUGACCACUGCCAGGCUGAGGAGCCCACCCAGGGGAGCGGUGGAAGUGGCCUGGGGAGGCUUUGCUCUUUAGUUGUGCCUUUUCUUAGGAUCCAGGCAGGAACAAGGCCCAUAAUUUAUUGUUUCCCAUUCUGUGGUGCAUUUGCGCACAUGUCUGUGAGUGUGUGUUCUCCGGUUGUUGAUUCCUCUCCUGUGAAGAAUGUAAUGGAUUCUGUUCAGGUACUUUUGUAGGUUGUCUUGCUGACCCUGUGGUU